AUGGCUGUUCAGGUUCUGGAGAUACUGGUGACGAGUUUCCUUUUCCUUUCCGUGGUGUUCGCUAUAGGUUGCGUACCAAUCUACUAUGUGAAAAACCGAUCGUCAGUAAUAGGUCAACCAAUGUACUUGACAGUUCUUUCCCUCAUUGGCGUUGGGAUGCUGCUGGGGACUGCCAUAAUGCUUGUAAUCCCAGAAGGAAUUGAAGCUUGUCUGGGAAAUAACGGAAAUGUGGGUAUCAAUCUGUUGAUCGGAUUUUUGGUAGUCUAUUGUUUGGACCAGGCAGCGUCAGUUUUGGGGCAAAUGCCAAACCGGGGCGCUUUUGCGUUCGCACACUUGCCGGGAGCGGAAAUAACCAGUUUGAAAGAUGUGCUCAACCCUAAAAAAAUGGUAUCGUCAGUUUUCAAAAAUCAGGUUGUGUUCGCACUUGUAAUUCAUGGCUUUUCAGAUGGGUUGGCAAUGGGAGCUUCGGCCAACAGCGAAUCUUUGAAAAUCGCCACUUUGGUAGCGAUCAUAAUCCACAAAAUCCCAGCAGUUUUGUCUUUGAGCAGUCUGAUGGUCACAAAACAAAACUUGCCGACUUGGGAAGCGGUCUCAAAUUUGCUGGCGUUUGCGGCUUCCACGCCGCUAGCUUAUCUUUUGCUCUCUCUCAUCAACUUGGGGACUUGGGGUCCGAUGGAGUGGAUAAGUGGGAACAUUCUGCUCAUGAGCGGAGGUAGUCUGCUGUAUGCCGGAGUCAGCGCCUUGCUGGGUAAUCAUCAACAUAGCCCGACAGAAACUGCUGUUGAGAACUUCGCGGGAACCUCGGCCGCUUACGACGUGCUUCCAAAAGACAUGACUCCUUUCGAGGUGGGCGAAACCGUGGAAUCAGAGACUACUCCACGAUAUGGCGAAACUGUCUACGUCUUGGGAGGAGUAGUCAUACCUGUUGUGGUCUCCUACCUAAUUAGAGAGAAAUCGUAG